AUGGUCCGUCACACCGCCUGGUACCUAUACAAACGGUCAGUCACACCCCCUGGCACCUAUACAAACGACCGUCCCCCUGCUCCUGUCAACGUGUCUGUGAUGCACCUGAGGGCCGACUCAGCCACUGUCUCCUGGGAGAUACCUGAGGGUGACGUCAUCAUCGGCUUCUCCAUCUCACAGCAGAGGCAGGAGGGCCACACCCAGCGCUUCAUCAGAGAGGUGAACACCACCAGCAGGACCUGUGUUCUGUGGGAUCUGGACCAGGAGACAGACUAUAUUAUCCAGGUCCAGUCCAUUGGUCUGUACGGAGAGAGUCAGGCCAGCAAGAGGGUUCACUUCAGAACCCUCAAGAAGUCUGAUCGCUUCCCUUCCAACAGCUCCAACCAAGAUGACCCUGCUGUGGAGGGAGUGGACAAGUCCCGACAGCUCCAGACUGGGGAGAUGAUCAUCAUCGUGGUAGUGCUUCUCAUGUGGGCAGGUAAGGACUGGUUUUACAGGUACAUACUGGCUGUACAGAUAUUCAACCCUCCACCCCGGUAA